GUGUCUGACCUCAGGGCAGGUCUCAAAAAUUGCGUCCUCUAGGAAUUACCUCAUUGCACAGAAUUGACUUGUAAAGUUUUCAAGGCGAUCAAACGAGCCGUUUUGGAGAACGUGCGUGUCUGCUUCAAAUACUAGUUUUUUAGACCCUAAGGACACUGCAGAAUAAUGAGAAUAACAACAGUAUUAUCCUCAAGACUCUUUCUGCUGGUUGUUAUUGGUGUGCUCUUGAUGUGCAUUGGGCUACUAUGGCCAGGAAUCCAUGAAGCAGUGCCAUGCACAGCACCAGAGGUGGAGUCUGAUUUGAUGGCCAAGCGACUGGUGGCACCACCACCCGCCCCCUGCUCUGGAACAGUGACAGUACAGCCUGAGCCGGACACCACCAACUGGGGCAACCACACGCUUGGUGUAGUGGUACCCUUUCGUGACCGUUUUGAGGAGAUGCUCAUCUUUGUGCCUUACAUGCACCGCUUCUUGAACCACCAGAAGGUCAAGCAUCGCAUCUACAUUGUCAACCAGAUCGAUGCGUACCGUUUCAACCGCGCCUCCCUGAUCAACGUGGGCUACCUGCGUGCGCGCGAGCAGUGCGACUACUUCGCCAUGCAUGAUGUGGACCUUCUUCCGCUGAACCGCAACCUGUCGUAUGGUUUCCCGGGCCAGAAGCUAUUCCACGUGUCUUCGCCCGAGUACCACCCUCGUUACCACUACCCGAAGUUCAUCGGUGGUAUUCUCAUCAUCACGAUGGAGCACUUCGCCAAGGUGAAUGGCAUGAGCAACAACUACUGGGGCUGGGGCCUGGAGGAUGAUGAGUUCUACACGCGGGUCCGCGCCGCUGGUCUGGAGAUCGCCCGGCCCACCAACCUCACUACCACUGUCAAAGACACGUUCAGGCACAUUCACGACCGACGGGUGCGCAAGCGAGACAUGGAGAAGUGCUUCAACCAGGCGGCCGUCACCCACAAACGGGACCGGAUCACGGGAGCCGACAGCGUCGACUACAAAAUACUCAAGGCUAACCAGCUGACAAUAGACGGGGCGGACGUCGAGGUGCUGAACGUGCGCCUUCAGUGUGACCACACGCGGACGCCGUGGUGCGACUGCUCGGGCCAGGCGAGCGACCAGGCCUCCGCCAAGGCGACCGCGGCGGCCUCCAAAGCCGGCCACGCCAAGACGUCGGCCGGCCGUGCGGCGGCGGACGCCAAAGCCGGGGAGUCGCCGGCGGCGGCGUGAGCUCUUCUGUUCUGGCGGUUACGGUGAAAUUAUAGGAAAUGGUCGGUAUGCUCAGUAGUUGAGUUGUGAGACAGAUUCAGGGAUGCCGGAUCUUCCAGUCAUCGAUUUGAGAUUGAACUGUGUCACGACUCCGUACUGCUGGACGAAGACGCGAUUAACGUGUUCCAGUAGCAGCACAGGUGUUUGCGAUUAUUUUAAUGAAGCUUUCCGAUUACCACGUUAUUGCAGGAUAUUGUACUUGCGAGAAGAUAGGUGACCUUUAAGCCCUAACAAGCUGACACUGACACGGACAGAUCAGAAGUCUGGUUGGGGACACGGUUUCUUGGCGUUGGCCGGUCCAUCGUGGGCCGGCGCUGGACUGGAGCCCAUCGCUAGCAGUGGUCGGCAUAGGGCGGCGAGUCGCCUCCUCUUGCCUCGUCCUGUCUUCCCUAUACCCAUGUAAUGAUUGCAAACGCUGAAAACCCGUGCCCCGAACUAGACUUCUGAUUGUCACUUAUCCACCAGCCUACAAGUUUUCGGCAGCAAACAGGCAAAACAUGGCUUAAAAGGUCAUCUACUCACGUGGUUUUAAUGCCACUGAUGCGAGAAACUGCUGUUCUGGGCGGACCGCGCAUGUGCAAGUGUGCCCGUGCCGGCGUAUGGUGUAAUGGACGGACGGUCAAGUAACUUCUACUUCUACAGCUCCUAAGAACGUAUUUCAGAGGUCUGCUGUCUGCUUUGAAAUCGCGUAAUUUGGCUGUGAAUCGAUGGAUGUAAAGAGCGGAUGAGAUCACAUGAGUUGACGGGAUGAAAUCGGGCCAUUUAGUCGUGUGCGUGAUCGGACUCGGCCUCGUGGCAGUGCGCCAUGACAACCGGUUCGUCCGUGCCAGUCGUCCGCCCAUCCACCAUCCAGCUGGCCAGUAGUCUGCACAUGCUCAACCUGAUGUAGCUGUCCGUGACGGACACUGACAGUGGUCGCAUGUACUUUGAACGUGGACGAAUUAGUCGUGUGUUUCCGGUGGUGGCAUCCUGACUUAAUAUCUCGUUCGGUGCUUGAUUUCUUUCUGGUUACUGCCGCGAGUUGCUGCAAUUUUUACUUGCUUUGACAUAUGUACUCCGUCAAUUUGUAUUAUUGGUGGUGUCGUCUUUUGGCACAAUGACCUUUUUGUUCAGGACAUUGUGAUGUUAAAGACUUGUGCGGGUUUUGUAAACUUUUCUGUUCAUAUUGCAGUUUCAUCAAAUGGAGUGUCAUAUUCACGCUCGCAAAAGCAAAUGUGAUUGAAGCGCCCUAAAGCCACGGACCCACGCUGUUCCAAAUUGCGCGCAAAAGACAUCGAAAACCGACAUACAUACAUAUAUAUAUAUAUAUAUAUAUAUAUAUAUAUAUAUAUAUAUAUAUGUAUAUGCAUGUAUGUGUGUGUGUGUGUGUGUCGGUCUCUCCUCGUCUCUAUGACUGCCUGUCCGUCUUUGUCCGUCCAUCUUCUGUUGCUGUCUCUGUUACUAUACUCGCCUCAAUCUCUGUUGUCGAAAGCCGACCCAUUCCCGGUGUGUGCGUGGAUGAGCCUGCUUAGUCCGUGGUUUCACAGUUUUUUGCUCUUAAAACGUGGCUUAGGUUCAUGCAUUGGCAUUGUGGAGAACUCUGGAGCACUGUUCUUCCCUGAGAGAGAAUGGGCAAUGAGGAGAUUUCGCGCUCGUCCUAACAAUCGACGAGUUUGUUUUGUAAUAUUUUUCCCAACGCUUUAUCAAUGUGUUACAUCCACUUGCCGUAUUGUUUAAAGCAUUAUAUGCUCCCUUGCUGAAUGCAAUAACGGUGGAUUUCAUGGAUGCAUAGGUCAGUAGGAUAGGUUGUUAUCAACUGCGUUGUACUCUAUGGUUCAUGACUGCAUUAGGUGGUGGGUUUUCAUGCUGUAGCAGGGUAUGAGACGUUAUUACGUAAUUUGUUCAAAUGUGUGGUGGUAGCCAAUGAUCACUCCCUCUUUUGUGAUAAGCGUGUGGUUUUCUGGCCUGUACUCGCGGUCAUAUUUUCGAUACAGUUCUCAGAUCACGACCGCCAUUUUGUUUGCGCCUUUCCGUGAAUGCGUACAGCGCGGUGCUGGCUCGCCAGGCCCGAUGUACCGGUGCGCCGCUCAUGCCUGAACGACGGAUAUAGUGGUGUCUCGUCGCAUGUUCCUGUGGCGUUGGGUGGCGGCCGACCUGGUCCUGCACCGCUCGGCCGUCUGUCAGGUUAGGCGCGGGUGGCGUCGGCUCCGUCCGACGCGCCGGGCUGCCAUCGGCAGCCCUGCCAGGCGCUGCUUCCAAUGGCAAACCUUGCCCAAAUACAUAGUGAAAACUUGC